AUGGCGUCUUCAUCAUCGACCCCUCCACAUGGACGAGAUUAUGAGGGCGGAGAGGAACAGUGGAAGGGAAAUAACUACGAAGUGUUCUUGAGCUUCAGAGGGAAAGACACUCGCAAAGGCUUCACUGAUUAUCUCUAUACUAGCCUUAAAGAUGCAGGAAUUCAUGUGUUCAGAGACGACGUUGAGCUCCGUGUUGGUGAUGAGUUCGGUCCGGAGCUUCUCCACAGUAUUACGCAAUCUAAGAUCUCGAUCCCGAUUAUCUUGGAGGACUACGCUUCCAGCAAAUGGUGCCUUCGCGAGCUCGCGCAAAUUUUGAAUUGCAAGAGAAAUGAAGGGCAAAUAGUGUUGCCCAUAUUUUACAAAGUGGAACCCUCGCAGGUACGAUAUUUGAAGGGGAGAUUGGGACAUGCUGUCAAUGCACAUAAAGAGAAUGAGGACGAAAUGAUUGUAAAGAAAUGGAAAGAAUCGCUCAAAGAAGUCAGUUUCUUGAAAGGAUGGGAAUCCGAGAAAAUUCAUAAUGGGCAUGAAGCAGUAUUAGUUAAAAUGGUUGUUAGAAGAGUUAUGAGUGAGUUAAAGAGGCUUUUUCAGCUAAAUGUUCCCGAACAGUUGGUGGGAGUUGACAAUCGUGUGGAAAAUAUUAUGAGCAAGAUAGAUACUAAAUUCAAUGGUACAUGGAUUAUCAGAAUUUAUGGAAUGGGCGGCAUCGGUAAGACAACUCUUGCAAAGGUGUUAUAUAACAAACUCUCUAGUCAUUUUGAGGAUCGUUGCUUUGUGGAAAAUAUUCGAGAAACAUCUCGGCGUGAGGGUAUUAAAUGCCUGCAAAAGCAGCUCAUUUCUGACAUAAUAGGAAGUUUGUGUGAUGUGUCUAAUGUCGAUGAUGGAAUCGGUAUCCUUAAAUCUCGAUUCACAAGUAAAAAGGUCCUGAUCCUUCUUGAUGAUGUGGAUGACCGUAUUUACUUGAACGCUUUGGUUGGAGAUGGUAGUUGGUUUAAAGCUGGAAGUAUAGUCAUUGUCACCACUAGAGACAAGAGUAUUCUUGACACGGCUGGAGUAAGCCACAAGUAUCAACUCAAUGAAUUGCUUUCAGAUCAAUCAUUAGUUUUAUUUAGUAGACAUGCAUUUCGAAUGGAUUCUCCUUCGAUUGAUUAUGAGGUUUUCUCUCGUGAUAUCGUAUCUACUACUUGGGGGCUUCCCUUAGCCCUUGAAGUUAUAGGCUCAUUCUUAUGUGGAAAGACAAAAGAAGCAUGGAAAGCUACAUCAAAGAAAUUAGAGAAAGUGCCUCAUACGAAAGUGCAAGAGAAGUUGAGGAUAAGUUACGACGCACUAGAUCCCGAUAACCAAUAG